AUGUUAGAAGAAAAAUACUUUGGGAUGGCACUCGCUAUCGUAUCAAACUCGAUCAUUGGCCUCAAGGAUACAAGUCAAUACCAUGCCUUGAGAGGACAAAUUUCUAGAUAUAUAAAAACCCCCACCUGGUGGAUUGGAUUCGCAGCGCUGGCCAUCGGGGAGCUUGGUAACUUCGCAGCGUAUGCCUUUGCGCCGGCUAUUCUUGUAACUCUCUUUGGGGCUGUCUCAGUCCUGACUGGAGCUAUCCUAGGACGAUACUUCCUGAAUGAGACACUCGGGAUCUUGCGCAAGAUCGGAGUCUUUAUCUGCCUUCUCGGCACCACUCAGAUUGUGCUUCAUGCACCACCGAACGAGGACAUCCGAACUAUUGAACAGAUCUCGCAGCACGCCGUUCAGCUAGGUUACCUUAUUUGCAUGGGCGUUGUAAUCACAUUCUCAGUAGUCAUGAUCCGCAGUGUUGCGCCAACUUAUGGGAAGAGCUACCCUCUAGUAUACCUAUCUGUCUGCUCAGCCGUUGGUUCAAUAGCGAUCGUUGCUAUCAAGGCAUUCGGCAUUGCUCUGAAGCUUACACUGGCUGGCGAUGAUCAGUUUUCCCAUCUUUCCACCUACGGGUGUAUGGUGUUCAUGCUAGUCUGUGUUAUCAUCCAGUUGUACUACUUCAACAAGGCCCUUGCCUUGUUUCCUUUGAGCAUUGUCAAUCCCUUGUACUACAUAAGUUUUACGACUGCGACUCUUUUGUCAUCAUCUAUUCUAUUCGGAGGACUCACUACAGUCGGCAUCGUCAACACUUUAUCGUCAAUCUGUGGACUUCUUUUAAUAUUUGCAGGGGUUUUCCUACUACAGACGGAGAACGCCCGACCAAGCAUGGAGCAGCAUAUAUCCUCCGCUGUGUCGAUGGACACCGUCAAUAUUUAUGGUUCUGACCGUGGCUUUCAUUGCCCUGUGUCUGGCCCGGAUUGUCAGCCUGUCCAAGUUUACCUUGACGACUGUGAUGAGAUAUACCUGUCGUUCCUCAACGAUGUUUACUGGACAAGGUGGUGGACAGCACAGUACUCCAAGCUCGAACCUUGA